AUAAAUAUGUGGUUUAAAGACGGACGAAUGGCUGCAGAGGGAUAGAUAGAUAGAUAGAUAGAUAGAUAGAUAGAUAGAUAGAUAGAUAGAUAGAUAGAUAGAUAGAGAGAGAGAGAGAGAGAGAGAGAGAGAGAGAGAGAGAGAGAGAGAUCAGCUAGUGCCUUUGUAGAACCGACUAUGAGAUGGUUUUGUUUCUGAGGAUCGGAUUUCUGGGUCGUGACGUAUGCCUGGUCGCCUGGCCUCUGCGAGCUACACGUUUACGUGCUAGUAAAUUGUUUGGGGCUGCAGUUCUUGAACAUUAAAAUGGCUGUGUCUGCUCAGGUCCAUGGGCAGGACCUGCUUUCUCUGUUUGGCACCGGGUGACGGGUAAAGUCUUGGGGUGCCAAAUCAGGGCGCCUCUAGAUAUGUGCGGUGCUGAUGGUCUGAUGAGGGUCGCGGGGAAGAAUUUUUUACGAGUCGACAGUGAUGCUGUGAACCACAGAGUUGCCGAAAGGGUCUUUUUCCUGGUCACCUCUCGGUUGUUUCCCUCGCUGGUAUGUCGAGCUAGCUUUGCUCUGGUGAAUGACUCUCAGUCACUCGCGUUUCUCACUUACAAAAAACCCCCCCUGAUUUGGCGUGUCUGUUUCCUCUGCCCUGCCCCAACAAUCGCCUCUCUCUUCAGGGCUGAGGAUCGCCCAUACAAAACGCAUUUUAACCUAUUGAUUUUCUCCUUAAACUGACAUAUUGCCGUCGUUCGUACAGUCAAAGCAUUUGGGUGGGUAGAGGAAAAACAGGCAGCCACGUCCUGAUUUGUAUGCCAGCCGUGCCCGAAGUAAAUAGGUAGGCUUCCUUUAUUCACAUCGUCGCUAUAAGACCAGGGGGUCGUAGCGAAAAGGCCCAAGUAUUAUUGACAGACACGCUGGGCGAAGAGGAGAAUCCAUGGUUUGCGACCCAGAUUCGCCCCUGUCGCUGCCGCUGAAGUUUUGGCCUCAAAACCAGCGUUUGAUCCCCAAGUAGCGCCACAAACCCUGCAGUAAAGGCGGACACUGAAAAAAACCCACACAUUUGACUUGGCAGCGAGCAAUCAUAUCCGUUUAUUAAGAUGAGUGCCAUUAAAUUGAAGGCAGCAAAACCAUUCGUGCAGAAGGGUCGUUAGAAUGAUCGCAAUACCCACAAUACUCCUAGCAAUACACCGAUUUUUCAUUUCACCGAGGGUAUCCGAGGCUUGGAGGGAAUAGGGUAUAAUUAACCAAAGUUUUUAAAAGCGUGGUAAUGGAUGCACUCCUUGAAAUCAUGUGAUAUCCCUGUUUCAUUCCCCGGUGUGGAGAAAAGGGGGGGGGGAGAGCGAUGGGAAACAUGUGCAUGGAAGAAGGGGGGAAAUAAUUACAGUUUCCUGCAUCGGUGGUCGAACCUGGAGCAAUUAGAAGAGCAAGUUUGCUGGGGGGGAAAAUAGAGUUUGAUUGCAAAGCGACAGUAGCAGCCGACAUCAAAAACAUGCCUUGAAUUAUUGCUGGGGUAGGGGCGAUAUUGACACCAAUUUUCAGUGUGGUUUUGGCUCGGAUACCUCUUUAGAACUGCUGUUCUGUUUGCGCAGUGAGGACUUCCGGUUUCUUAACGUGAGUGGUCGGUUUCACCUAGUUAUGGGCUGCUUUGAACCCCUGUCUAGAAUUUCGGAAAUUGGAUUGUGUGUGCGUGUGUGGGGGAAUGGUUCCCUCCCAAUGUAAAGACAUUGGAGGCUGGUGGAUUUCAGUGGGAGACGAUUGAAGCACGUGCUUAGAUCUCCGGUUUAAACCAAGGGGUGUCCGGUUGUUGGAUCGUGCCCCUAAAUAUUCUUAAUGGGCAGGUUUAUUGUUUAAAAAAAUACCCAGACAAAACAGAGCUUCGGUGAACAUCUGGAUUUUAAAAGACUAGUCACUGGGGUGAGUGUAUUUUAAAAAGAAAUUGAGAAGAGGACCUGCAUGAUUUAAGGAAUUGUGUCUGGGAGGUAAUGAAAAAUGUUUGCAAAUGUUAUCUAUCAAACAGAAGUCCAGGGGCACCUUUGAUUCCAGCAGGAGCCUUUCUCAGUCAAAGUUCUCCAAAUUUCAUGGUGGGAAAGAAUAGAAGAAGGCAGAAGGUCCCAAACUGAGGCAUGGUGGUGUCCCUGGACUUCUGCUCUAUUAUGCUGCAAUUGGCUAGCACGACUUCCCCUCUGCAAUCUGAUUUUUCUGUCCUCAAAAGCGACUGGCUACAUUUCCGCCUUCCCCCGUCUUUGCGCCUUUUUUUGGGAGCCGCCUAGGCAUGGGAGAGUCCGCAGAGAAAUUGGCUUGAGCUUUGGGGGCCUCUCCGGAUUUUGAAACCACCCCUGCAUGGCAUCCGAUGACUUGGCUGGGCGGAAAUACGUCGAUAUGGAAAGGGCCAUCUUGAAUUCUUAUGGCAGACUGUCUAGAAAUGUAUCUGCUACUGGGAGCUUCGUGCGCUCCACCCUUUCCCCAUGUCUGUAUUUAUUAAUCAGGGGAGAACGGGGCUGAAAUAUAUGAAGGUGGCUGUUCCGGGUAUUGGUGUGGAUAGCCAGUUGCAAAAUCACGUCUCAGGACCCAAUCUUUUUGGGCUCUUCUAGUUCACCAGUCUGAGGUUCAGGAAUUGGGAAUGCGUCCCUGCCUAGUGCUGGGUAUACAAUCUGAAAUGGCCCUCUAACAAACCAACGAAACACGAGCUGUCUACCUCUAGGAACAUCCAUUGGAUUCAAAAGCUAUAGGACUAAGGAGCUGAUUUGUGACACUUACCUAUGAUCUUGGCAGGAGCUUUGGGACAGACCCUAGCUCAUUUUCCCAGGCCAUUAACCGAAUGUAAUAAAUACGUCGUCUAAGCCUGGGCAGAGUUACUCCAGUCGAAGCCAACUGAAAGCAAAGGCUAGAGGAACUCUGUUCGGGACUGCUUGGACAGAGCCGCCAGUUUCUCGGUCUGGAGAGGCUUUUCUAUCGUUCCAGCCCUUGCAAAGUUGUCAGCAAAGUUCGCUGGCAUGGAGUCAAAGGUUUUUGGUCUGUGAUUCAAUUGAAAAAAAGCAAUGGAACAGAUUCAGGCCGGACUUUGCAAAAGUUGACCUGUUUCACUCUGUCGCCUUGGACUGACGCGGAUUAUUAGGCACAUCCCCCUUCCCGAUUUGUACCAUCGUACAGGCUGGCAGGACACACAACUCCCCGACCCACCCCCAACCCCCAAACCCUUUAGAUUGCAUUUUAUAGACAGUGGAAAUUUGGAGAAAAAAACCCCCCAAUCUUUCUGUUUCCCCCUUUAAUUUCUCUCUUUUGUUGUUUACUUGUUUUGUAUACUGCCACCAAGUGACUGAAACUUGGCAGGCCAACACUUCCCCAGUUUGGUUGUGUGCCCCCCCCCGCCCCCGCUUUCUGUUGGAGAAUGAGGGUGGGUGGAAGAAAGGGGUGGCGGGGAGAGAAAGAGCAAGUCGAAAAUAACGUUGUUUCAGUCGGGGAGAGAAAAGACUGGUCUGCCAUAAAGGCCGGAAUCAAGCAGACUUUUACUACUUUUAAAGCUGGGCCCCCUGCCCGCUGUUCCUUUUGCCAUCACAUAUAUAGCCCCCUAUUAAGGUGCUGGUCGAAGACUCGAACCUUUACGAAGUUUGGUCUCCCAAAGCUAUUUGGCAGUCUGAGAUGGGAACUAUUCAGUGGCACUCUCUUUUUCUGGCUUCCCUUCCCCACUUCACACACCUUGUUGUUGUUUGAGAAAUUCCUCCCCCCCCCCCCCCACCACGAGGCAAUGUCUUUCAUAGUUUCCAGCGUGGAUGCAUUCAUAAAAACAGAAAAAGACACCUGGGCUCAAAAUCGCCACUCCUGUCCCACUCCUGGAUGGGGAAGAUGAGUAAGUUGAAGCAGAGCCCCAAAUAUUAAAUCCUGGCUCAGUUAAAGGCGUUGCAAAUUUGUCUGCGUUUUCCAAAGUGGGGAAAAAACGCCUCUCCAAAUAUAUGGCUUAAUUCUUUCUAAGCGAUCACUUCUUAUAAAAACACACAUCAUUAAGGCAAAUAAUAUUGCGUCUUCGCUUAUUGACUUAUUGUUUCUUCUCCUCCUCUCCCUCUCUCUCCUGGCGUCCCAAGAUUAAUUUUUCCCUCUCCCCCACCCCCAUGUGCAAACAAUAAAAUAAAAUAAGAACUCAUAGAUAAUGACAACCAUUUCUCAUUGUUGAAUUAUUCUUCCUGAACGUAUUAAAAUCGUAUUCUUCUUUGUUUAAUCUGUUCACGGGCAUAAGUAGUUCCUUAUAUCCAUAUUUUAUAUUGCUCUAUAAUAUCACGCUUUAUAAUUUUUAAGCCGGUAGCUAUUCUCCAUGACAAUUCGGUGUGACGUCAUGACCGCAACUCUCUUGAAUGUCAAAAGGAAAGAGGGAAAUGAUUGCAGAGAACAUUUCCGUGCCAUAAAACGGAGUAAUCCAAGCCAACCAUAAAGUUCUCGAAACUGAACAUCCUUUGGUGAAGUUUGCUGUGCUAUUGGGCUAUAAUAGACAUUCCACAGGAGCUAGCAAAAAACCCUCUCCCCAAAACACAACUCCCCAGUGGAUCAAAGCAACCAAUAAUAUCGUUGGCCCUUGUACUGUCAGACCCUGAACAUUCCAAAUCGCAAGGAAUAUUUUUAAAAAGAAAAGAAAAUAAGAAUAAGCAGAAAACGACUAAAUAUUUAUAGGGAGGCAAAUCAGUUUUCACGUUAACUAGAUAUAGACACAUUCACAAUUCUUUAGGGCGAUAAGAAGCUUUAAUCUUUUUUUAAAAAAAACAAUUAGGACAGAUUAAAAGCAGAAGGUAUGUUUGUCAACAAUAGUGGCAGUUACUUGUGAAGAUCCUCCUGGAAGUCCGGAAGGUUUCGAAUCUUGGGGGUGAGGAGGAAGCAAGAGAUCUGAAAUGAGAAACAAGAAGGAGAAGAGAGGAGAAAUAAAUACACAAACCAACAAACGGGAAAUGUACAAACGGGGCACGCAUGUGCAAGGCACGAAUGGUUUAGGCGUCAGCAAGUUAGGGAAUCAGGAAAGCGGGAAGGAGAGAUCUACACAAACACUUAGGGACCUUAGGAAAAGAACUUGAAUCCUUACUGAUCUACCAGCCAGGAGGCAAUUGAUUGGAAAGGGUAUUAAACGCCACAAUGGUUUUGCCAUUCACAGACGUGUGUUUUGACCGUUUCCAGAACCCCCCAUCUCCCCUUUCCUUUCCCAAACCGUGUCCAAUGGUUGGGGCAUGGUGUUGUUGCCAAACUAGAAAAAAACAACAACACAGGCUGGUUCUCCCACCCCACUCCUGCACACUCUUUCCUCCACUCUCGAAUUGCCCCACUAGGUACUCCUGGGAGUCCAGCAAUGUUCUAUGUCAAAACUGGGAACCUUUACUUUUGGAAGGAAACUUAGCAUGGCAGGGUAGGGUUGAUGGCAGGGAUAGCAAGAAACUACCUGAAAGUUAGAAUCUACAGCAGUUUCUCAUAAAGCUAUAGCAAGGAACCUCAAAUCAACCAGGGCUCUACGUUGCCAUAAACACCAUCGUACAUUUUUUGACUGUUUCUCCGUCCAGCAAAGGCUAGUUAGAAAGUUACAGGCCGAACCUUGGAAACGGAGUUUUUUCGACACAGAAAAAUCUUCCUGGAUUAUUACUAAUUCUUAAUGUGUGUCUCUUUGUCAACAGAAGUGGUUUGUGGGGCUUCUCAACUUUCCUGCUCUGGAGGUUGUUGUUUUUUGUCAACACAUUGAAAUCCAUUUGCAGCCAGGUUGAGUUAAUAAAGGUGGGGGGGGGGACCCCAAACUCUGCUGGAAACCGGUAAUCCGCAUGAUGAAAAUAACCGAGAUGUAAUGACUGUAAUAGAAGGGCUGGAUCAUAACAUCGCAAACAGAUCCGUCAGGCACCAUUGGCUGGUGGCGUUUCUGAGUAUUCUGAGUUGGCUUCUCCCACCCCCACCACCCCAGUUAUUUACGGGCAGAAGCAUCAUUUGAUUAAGAAGGUUGUUCUGUAGGAGCAGGGAUAACUCGAGUGCAAGCGCUCUAAAUAAAUAAUUACAAGGCAAGGAGCUCCUGCCUGUAAUAAAUGUCAAGUCUAAAAAGGCCGAGAUAACAUAUAUAAGGUGAGAUCAGCUCCAACGAGGUAUGCAGCGAAAGGUACCACGUGUAUUUACAUAGGACACUCAGAAAAUAGCCUGGUUUUCUCCUGUGAAGACAAUGACCUCACUCAAGACUUAUUUGCUAUCCGGUUUUCUCUGAAAACAUUGCUCUUUCUGUGGUUUUGUGCAUCAAAACAAAUCCCCCCCUUUUUUACAGGGGGAGGAAACAAUCUCUUUUUAGAUAAAUUUAGAUCAACUUAUGCAUUCCAUUAUAUUAACACAUUCAGCUUAUUAUACAUAGGUACACAUCAAUGCGUCCACUCGCAAAUUUGCCUUUUCACUCAUGGUAUACUCAUUGGUACCUCUCCGUACUGGCUAAAAAUUCAGAGGGAAAACACGAGCAACAUACGAUAAACAGGGCAUGUGUGUGUCAAUAGGGAAAGUUCAAAUCAAUCUAUCCAUGAAUAAUAAACCAGUACAGUCCAGAGUGCAAGCUAACCCAACACAUGAACAGCAAACAAAUGCUUUUGACCCAGGGCAAUUUUAGAUGUAUAUUUAAAGCCAACCAGACACAACCUGCAUUUAUGAAUAAGCAGUUUUCUACACCUAGGCAACAGACUGGGCAAGAAAUCAUGAAGUUUUGUGUUGGCUACGCUUGUGUUAGCUAUCUCAGCUGCUCGCUGUCUCAUUAACAGCCCCCCUCCCCAACUCCUCUCUUUAGAAACAAACAAACGUCUGCGGUCCAAAUUUUUAUAGCAAAAUCAAAAUCGGACAGCAUCUUGCUGAAGGGAGCUACCAGGCUGGAGAGAGAGAGAGAGAGAAUGUGUGUGUGUGUUUCAAGGAUUGCUCUUUCUCCCUUUUAGCAAUUACUGGGAUAGAAAACACAUGUGUUGACUGUGCAUUUUGAAGCUUUUCUUUAAAUCAGUUCAUCAAUUUGCUAAUUACAACAGAGAGAGGAAGAGAGAGGGGGGAGGGAGGAAGAGAGAGAGAGAGAAAGCAUGAAUUCUAAAGAGACGUAUUUUUUAACUCCUUUACAUCAGUGUGGGGUAAAAUCGGGGUAAAAACAAAAACGGGAAAGCAGCUUAUGAGACAGAGGAUGUUAUUGCAGCUUUCUGAGGGCUUUUUAACUCCAGGGGGCAGCGAGAGGGGGAGAGAGACCCGGCUGCUAUUAAAGAUCUACUCGAGGACUUGGGCAUAUUUUCGCUGCUGUGUAGCAGUUUUAAUAAAACAUCUGUUCUUGCUUCUGCUGAUGAGUUUACAUAAUUGUUUGCAGACCAAUUUAAUGAGAAAGAGUCCUACACAUUUCCCUAUACAUUAUUUUCAGAGAGGGGGGAAAGGCGAGGAAGAGAGUUCCUUGCACCCAUAUUCUCCAGAUCUUAACACUAUCUUCUCCCCCCCCCCCCCAAGGAAAUAUAUAAAGUGUACAUUAGCUAAGAAUACUUGGGGGAAGAAUGUAAUUACCCUGUUUCUGUCCAGUAUGGUCUUGCCCUCUUCUUUUCCCACCGAACCAAACGUUAAGAGCACGACAUUCCAUUGCUGAAUGUCUUUGCCCCAGCUGUUUCUCCUCCCUAUAAUUCCGCCAGACUUCUAGAUAUUCUCUUCUGUUUAGAAAAGUAAUAAAACACUUCGCUUUCUCCACUCCGAGUCACUUGGUAGUUAAACAGGGUCUCUCCGAAACAGGACCUGUGCAGACUCUCCAGACCCUUCGUCCUAAACCUUAAAUCCCUGAGAUUAAGAUUGUUAUGUUUUAAAAAGUCUCCAAAACUAGAGAAUCUCCCCCCCCCCCACAGUGCCUCCACCACACACAAAAAAGCCAGGAGUCCUUUUAAUUAAUACAUUGCUAAUUUUCAUCGCAGGGUUCUGUGGUUGUUAUUGGUCACUGCCCAGUCUACAUACAAGCAAGCACUCAGGUAUAUAGGAAAGGAGAUUUUUCAAUAGCAAGACAACUCAAACGUUCAUUAAGGAAGGAAGAUGUGCGCAUGAGGAGAGCGCCCAGCUCUCCCAGUUUGGGUUGACUGGGUCUAGAAACCUUCCAGCAUUUUAAAGCCUUCCAAUUAAUGUCAUUGGUUUUCAGAGCAAUUCCGACUAAAACGGAUUCCAUUGUAUUCACGACUUCCUAUGUCCCUCUGUUUGUCUGUUGACCUACCGUCUCCGUGUACACAUGCCUAUACGUAAAGGCACAGUGGGUGUAUUGUUAUGUAUAUCUUUCUGACUGGGGAGGGGUGGGGGUUACCUUAUGGUGCCUCCCCCCCACCCCCACCCCCCGCCCUCUGGAAAGUAAGGGUGUGUGUGAGUAUAGGUUCCCUGUCAGUAAUGCUGUGUAUAGCUGAAAAAAGGAAGAAACGAUAACAAAUCAACCAGAAGCCCCAAAGUCUGCUUACUGGGGAAUGGGCGCCCUGUGUUCCAGCCUUCAGUGUGUACAAGUUUGAAUGACAGCUGCUGCCGGAUGGCAGACAUGACUAUUCAAGUGGGGCUUGAGCUUCAUAACAAUCCACAUUUUCUUGCAGUCUUUUCAUAUGUCCUCAUUUGCUUUUUUAAAAGGUGGGAAACUUUAUUUUUUCUCUCUCCCUACUAACACUCAAGCAACGCUUAAUGUUGUACACGAUGAAUCCUUGAGACCUUUUUUUGUCAGCUGUAGUCUCGUUUAUGGUUUUAUGACUACCAUUGAUUGCUUUGUUGCACAGAGGAAAAAGAUCAUAAAAUCCUCUGGCAUCCGGGUUUCUGUUAAAGCAGGGCUUGGGGGUGGGGGCGAAGUGGGGGAUGUACUCCCCUUCAUUCCCAACUAAAAUCUGCUGGGGACGCUUCCCCUCAUAGAGGAAUCUGAAAAGUAUUGAUUAAUUACGAACAAAACCCACUGAGAAAUACACUUCAGCUUUCCAGAUAUUCGUCUGAUUUCAUUUCAUGGACUACACCACAUAGAUUGCUACUUUCAAAAUAAUAAAACAACAAAACCACAAAAAGGUCCUCAAACAAGUACAUGGGAAGGUUUCCUAGUCCUACAUGAUUUUUUAAACAGCAAGCCAGUGGAAUGCUGAAGGAGGCAGGCUUUAUUUACAGAUCAGCAGGUAUAUUUUACAUUGAAGGAACAAUUUAUGGCUCUGGAUUGAAAUUAAAAUGAGAUUUGCUGUCCAUUUCAAUUAGUGCAUCGUUGCAAAUCCACACAGGAGGAGAAUAUAAUCUCCUCUCUAAUCUAACUAAACAUUUCCAGGGAAGUUAUCUAAUCAGCGACAGAUAUCUGGAGCCAUAAAUAGUGGGUGGGAUCAUUUUUAGUUUUUUGGGGGGGCAAACGUAAACAUGACCUGCUCUUUCCAACACACUCCACUGCAAAGGGACAAGUCAAGCUUUGAGCACUGUUAACGGUGUAUAUGUAUGUAAACAUUCCUCUAGCAGUUUCCAAACUCUCUGAAAAAUUACUAAGCGAAUAUUUUAAAACAGAACCUUCGGAAUGUGCUAAAAAAGAAGGAUUAAGGUGAAACCAGAAUGUUGUGGUUUGAUAUGAGAGAGAGAGAAAGGAGUAGAGAGAAAGACAGAGAGAGGGGCUGCAAAGUUCUUAAAAUUGUAAAGUACAGAAAUGCCCUAAAACAGUCACACACACACACACACACACACACACACACACACACACACACACACACACACACACACACACACACACACACACACACACACACACACACACAGUAUCUGCCCAGUGUCAUCCUGUUUCCUUUUCCCUGCUUUCAAGAUGGUCAUGCAAGGAACACAAGCACUUGAUUCCACAUUUAUUGACCAAUAGUAAAUUAGUGGAGGGAAAGAGAAUUUAUGGUUUAAUAUUUUAUGCACACUUGAGAUUUAUGGCUAUAAUUUCUGGCCUAUUUGGGUAGCUAGGUAUUAAGCAAGCACUAGGAGGUGGGGGAAACCAAACAUCCAGAUCUUCAUAAUCGUUUAAUUAAAAAAAAAAGUCUAAUUGGACUGUGAUUUUUUAGUCUUUCUUUCUUUCUUUCUUUCUUUCUUUCUUUCUUUCUUUCUUUCUUUCUUUCUUUCUUUCUUUCUUUCUUUCUUUCUUUCUUUCUUUCUUGUGCCUCUCCCUCCUCCCCCCUUCCCCCGAAACCAUACUUACUCUUCCCGCCCCCCCUUCUCCUAAACCAUCUUAUAUUUAGAAUUUCAAGACUUACUUUCAAUGCAUACUUAGUUUCAACUGGGGAAUCAACACAAGCAAAAGCAAUUUUUCCGUGUCUUGACAUCUAGCUUCCUAUUGGCUCACAACAGAUCAGCUGACUUUGUCAUUUUGUCUGUCCUGGAGUGGAGCCGUCCCUAUAACAAUCUAGUUCAGACUACAAACUGGAGACAGAAAUAAAUAUUAAAGAAAUCAUACAGCCAGGUAUAGGGGGGAAGAUAUGAAUUCCUAUUUCACAAACCCGUCGCUGUCCUGCCACCUCACCAGUGGUCAAGAGGUGCUGCCCAACGUGGCUCUGAAUUCCACUGCCUAUGACCCUGUAAGGCAUUUUUCAACUUAUGGAGCCGCGGUUGCUCAAAACAGGAUCUAUUCAUCUCCUUUUUAUUCACCGCAAGAUAACGUUGUCUUUAGCUCCACUCGAGGACCCUAUGAUUACGGAUCUAAUGCCUUUUAUCAAGAAAAAGACAUGCUUUCUAGCUGCAGGCAAAAUUCUAUGGGACAUAAUACACAAACUUCCAUUGCACAGGAUUUUACCAGUGACCAAAACAGGAGCACAUCCCAGGAACAGAAAACUAGCAUUCAGAUAUACCCGUGGAUGCAGCGCAUGAACUCCCACAGUGUUUGUUUGGUUUCCGAAUCCAUAGGGGUCGGCUACGGAGCAGACCGCAGGAGGGGCCGCCAGAUCUACUCCCGUUACCAGACCCUGGAGCUGGAGAAAGAGUUCCACUUCAACCGCUACUUGACGCGACGGAGGCGGAUCGAGAUCGCCAACGCGCUGUGCCUCACGGAGCGCCAGAUCAAGAUCUGGUUCCAAAACCGGAGGAUGAAAUGGAAAAAAGAGAGCAACUUGAGUUCCACGCUGUCUGGGGGAGGGGGCGCCGGCGCGGCCGCGGAUAGCCUGGGGGCCAAGGAGGAGAAGCCAGAAGAAACAGAGGAAGAGAAGCCGAAGGAAUGAACGUGGGCAGCGCGGCACCUUCCCCAGCAACCCCUCCCUCUCCUCCGACACACACGGUGCCCCCUUUCCGCCGCCACCGUCACCCCACGUUGCUGCUCGCCCUCCCCUCCACACACCCCUGUUACCACUUUCACCAUUCAGACUUUGGGGCUGCGUGAACGAGAGACUCUGGGGGAUGCAGGGAAAGCUCCCUGGCCCUCUCCUCCCCCUCCCCACACCGCCCUAUCCCCAGCACCCCCACUUCAGAACGAGGUCCAAAACUGUCUUGACUUUCUACCUAGGAAGGCCACCUUUACCUUCCAGCCCCACCUACCUUCUCUCCUUCAUUCCCACCCCCACCCCCAGCCUAUUUAUCCCCCUUUGCAUACGGACUGUAUUGAAUGCAACAUCACAGCCCCCCCCCCCUUCCUUUCCUCCGCCACCUCUCCAUUCCUUCUCUGAAGACAGAACGGGGCUCACAAAAAGGCCCUGCAGGGCUGAUUCUGGCUGCACUGGAAACCGACCGUGUCAGUAUGAACUCUAUGCAGUGUUUGGCUUCCAAAAUAAUAAUUAGAACGGGGAGGAGGGGGGGGGGACCAUUGAAUUCCUUGUCCCUGCGAGAGAGAGAGAAGUUUCCUCCAUUCUGCCCUUUUUUCCGAGCCUCUAAGCGAUGUCUACCUAAAUAUAGCAUUUUUUUCCAGAGUAAACUAAUUGUAUUUAAACACUACCUGGGUCAUGAUGCAUACUAUCAACUGUGACAGUUUCUGUGUGAAUAUUUUUAGCUGUAUUUGUGGUCUCUUGUAUUUAUAUUUAUGUUUAGCACUGUAAUGUUCAAACAGUAUAAAGUGAAUGGAAUUAGAGCAAGUAGGAAGCAGGAAAAAAAGGGGGGCGCGGACAACCCCCUUCGUGUUAACACUCUCUAACAUCAUGUAUAAAGGUCACGUCCAGAGGACUAUGGUUGAGUAUUUAAUAAAAACUGGAUAUUAUUUUUAAAAUUUA